CCGGGGCAGCCGGCACCGGCGCCUUCUCCCGCCGGGGCCCGCACCGGGGGCACGGCGCAGACGGCGCCGCAGCCCCUCUGGGGAGGCUGCUUGCUGCCCGCAGCGCACCGGCCCCGGCUGCUCGCCCUCUUACCGAAGAAGCCUCCCAACAGCGGCGCCUGCCGAGCGCCCCCCGCACGGCGGAGCCCCUUCCGGGCCCGGCUGCGCGCCCCGCGGGCGUCCCUCGGCUGCGGGUUGGCUCUGUCCGCGCCUGGGCGCUGAGAGAAAGCCCCGAGGGUCAGUGUGCGCCGGCGUAGCCUCUACUGCCUCGCUGGGACCAUUGCCCUUGCUCUGGAUUAUCUCGGAGGGCUCUUCCAACAUGCUUGCUGCUAUGGUUCAUGAAUAGGUUGACUACCACUAACCCUAGGGCACAAGAGGGACUCCUCGGACGGUGACACUCGCCCUAUCUGAUAAGCUUUCCCCGCCUUGUUUCCUGACCUACCUCUCCGAGAGGCCACACGCCGGGGCCGGUGGUGUUCGCUCGGAGCACGACGUGCCUGUCCCGUUCACACGCUCUUUCUCUGGCCACCCUACACCGUCCUGCGGGAGGGAGUUGUGCGGAGGAGGAAGCUCUCCCUCCCCUCAUGGCUCGCCGAUCGCAAAGCUCCUCGCAGGGGGACAAUCCCCUUGACCCCAACUACCUGCCCCCCCACUACAAGGAGUAUUACCGCCUGGCUCUGGACGUGCUCACUGAGGAGGGCAAAGAGAGCUACCAGCGCUUCCUGGCAGAGGAAGCAGCUCCUGAUUUCCUUUGCAACUCGGAGGUGGAUCACAUCAUACAGAACCUCCAGAAGCCCCAGUAUGCCAAUCAGGAAGGCAGCACCGAUACCGCAGGUGACAAUGACAUGGAUGGAUCCUCUGGGACUUACUGGCCCAUGAACUCAGACCUCGCUGUCCCGGAGCUUGACCUGGGCUGGCCAAUGGUCUUUGGGUUCAGGGGAACAGAGGUGACAACUCUGGUGCAGCCACCACCCCCGGACAACCCCAGCAUCAAGGAGGAGGCUCGCAGAAUGAUCCGAGCGGCUCAGCAGGUGGUAGCCAUCGUGAUGGACAUUUUCACUGACGUGGAUCUGCUGUUCGAGGUGCUGGACGCUGCUGCUCGCAGAGUGCCUGUGUACAUCCUGCUGGAUGAAAUGAACUCUCAGCUCUUCCUGGAUACAGCUGCUAAAUGCAGAGUCAACCUGAACUAUGUGGAGUUCCUAAGAGUGAGGACAGUUUCUGGCCCAACCUACUACUGCCGCACAGGGAUGUCCUUCAAAGGCCACGUGAAAGAGAAAUUCCUCUUGGUGGACUGCAUGGUGGUGCUGAGUGGCAACUACAGCUUUAUGUGGUCCUUCGAGAAGAUCCACCGCAGCAUUGCGCACAUCUUCCAGGGGGAGCUGGUGGCCAGCUUUGACGAGGAGUUCCGCAUCCUCUUUGCGCAGUCGGAGCCUCUCGUCCCUCCAGCCAACCUCUUGGCCAAGGCGGAGAACGCCUUUGCCAUGGCCCCUUUUGGCAAUAAUCUGCCUUUCUUCCCGAAGAAAGCCCCCCUGAUGUCGUUCCAGAGGGAUGAGAGCCUCUUCCCCUCCUUCAUGGACCGCAUGGACCCGGACAGGUACUUCCUGUCCAACUUCCGUCGGGACGACAUGCUGCGGCACACCGUGGAGGGCUCGGCCAUGCGGAUGUACAAAAAGGUGGAGAUGGAGAAUUCCCAGAUGGACCCUGUCAGGGGCUUCCUCCGUUCCAAGCAGCUGGAGCUGGAUGCCUUUAAGAGACACAGUUUUGCAGAAGGGACGUUUGAAAACUUUGCUUCCUCCAAGCAGUAUGCUAGGCAGAUGUUCAUGAACAACAUGGACGAGUUUAAAAUCCAGGCCAGCCACUUUCAGAAGGAUCAGUUCUACCAGUACCAGUUUGAACACCCCCACCUCCCUGGCAGGCCUCAGGGACUCUUUGAGAGGAUCCGAGGUGGCAGGCCAGGGUUCAAUGAACUGGAAGACUACGGGGAGGGGCCGAGAUACCCUGAGCUGGAGUCGGGCUUUGCACAGGAGGGCUUCCCCCUGAGGCUGGAUUACGUGCCGUCCAAUUCUUCCCGCGAGGUCAGACACGGCUCCGACCAGCUCAACCCCGCGGGCAACGGGCCCAUGGGAAUGAUGUUAAGAAGGCAGAACAUAGGACAGAAGUUUAUCUGCCAGACUUCUCCCACACAGAAGCAAAGCCUGGAACAACGCCUCUUCUUGCAAGACAAAGAUGAGGACCAAGACGAAGACAAAAACACCCAGGAGAACAGAACAGGUUUACGCAACUGGAGGAUCUCUUCCUACCUUAGUGCCUACCAGUCUGAGCCAGAAGAAGGCCUUCCCAUGCCUAUGGAAUCGGAGGCAUAUAAUGAUAGUCUUGGGGAUACCCACACGAAGCACCCCACUGACCUCCUGCCAGCGUUCAAAUCUCCCAUGGCUUUUAACAGCAAGUCACUGGGGCUCGACGGUGCCAAAGAAUUUGCAGAUCCGGAUCGAGUAGGUGAAGAAGCUCCUCUGAUGAAACAAGAUACCUUCAGGUCCAGAAUCAAUCCUUUGAUACAGAGGAGCUCAAGACUCAGGUCCUCUCUGAUCUUCAGUGCUGCCAAGUUAGAUCAGCCUAACACCACGAUAGAAAAGGUUCAGAUGAUGCAAAAAGAACAAAUGUCUAGCGAGGUGACAAAGGACAAUGAAACCAUCAAGACAGCUGCCUCAUCCAAAGUGGCAGAGCUUCUAGAGAAGUACAAAGCUGUGGGCAAAGACACAGAGCGAGCUACAGUCACUCACACCAAAGCUGUCGCCAGCUACCUACAGGAAGAGACGCAGAGCGCAGAGAAGAAAUGCACCAAAUCUGUGCAGUACAAGAUCCUUGAGAGCAGGGUGCUGGACUCCAAAGAGUCCUGCAGUACUUACAAAAUGCAUGGAGAGGCUGACAGAGCCUUUGGAAUGGCCUCAUCGCCUCCCCAGCUUGCUGACGCCUUCAGUAAAGAUCCCCUAGCACAGCUGGGUACCAAGGUGGACAAGUUAACGUCUCGCUUUUACCCCAUAGACAGUAAACCUGCUCUUCCAGAGAAGGAGAGCCUCAUAUUUGUAGGAGACACUCAGAAAUUGACUCUUCCAGACAAAAAGGAAAGAGUGACGUUCAAAGAUGACAGCCAAAAGUCAGGCAAUACAGAACCGAAGAGACCACAGCUCAGGCCGAGUCCCACAUCGGUUCUGGAAGGCCUGUUCAGGAGCCCUGGCUCUGACAGCUCCCUCAACAGAUCCGAGGAGGACUGCUCGAAGCAAGAGCAGAACCCGAUGGAGUUCCUACGGAAAGGGUCGCUCCGGCUGAAGCAGCUUCUGAACCCGAAGGGGGAGAAGAAACUGGAGGAGGAAUCCACUUCUGAGAGUGGAAAAUCUGACAAGCAGGUGGUGGCUCUCAAACGACCUUCCACAGGGGACAGUCAGGAAACGCUGGAAGAAGAGAAGCCCUCUAAGUUUGCGGCAGCAGCGCCUGCCAAGAGCAGCCAGCCGGCACAGGGCAGGUUCCCUUCCUCCACAGCCAACAUCCUCUACAGCAGCAACCUCCGAGAUGACACCAAGGUAAUUCUGGAACAGAUCUCUGCCAACAGUCAGAAGAACAGGGCUGAACUGGCCAAGCAGCUGCCAUCCACCAGUAACCCUGACCUUUCUAGGUCAACGACGAGCUUGGAAAGGAAAGGGGAGAAGGAGAAGAGCUGUAACAUCCACAGGUCAGAGAGCUUUGGGAGCCAGAAACGAAGCCUGCAGCGGCAGCCCUCGGAGGACAGAGACACCCUGCUGAAAAAGAUGGAGAACAUGCGGAAGGAGAAGAAAGUCUAUAGCAGGUUUGAGGUCUUCUGCAAGAAGGAUGAACACACAAGUCCGAGCGAAGAAGAGUACGACACAGAUGCCAAAGACAAGAAGAUGGGAAAAUUCAUGCCCAAAAUCCUGGGGACCUUCAAGACCAAAAAAUGAUCCUAGCAGUACUCUGGAGUUCAACGGAAUCGCUGACUGGCCAAGGGCAGCGAGGCAGCCACUUGUCUGUGGUGGCUCUGGCACCGCAGGCAAUGCUCCUUGUGGUUAGUGAGGGGAAUGUGCUCAGCAUUAGACUCCUGUGGAUACCAUGAGACAAAGUCAUCUGGUAUCAGGCAACCUUACACACAAAUUUGAGUUCCAAAUAAAAUUACUAAACGGCCAAGAUGCUUAAAAAAA